GGAGAAUUCUUUACUUGUUUAUUUUCGUGGUGAAUCAAAAUAUUGAUUAAUUAUAGAAUUAUGCAGCUGGAACUAACCGAUCAAAUAUUAAAUUACAUACAAGAACAUGGAAAAGCAGACACGAUUGACUUAGCUGCUCAGUUCAGUGAGGAUCAUCAGAAAAUCAUCGGCGCUCUUAAGAGUAUUGAGGCUCACGGUGAGAUUUUGUGUUCUGAAACAACAUCGACGAAAGUUUGGGAAGUUACAGGCGAAGGAAAUUAUGUGAUUGAACAUGGCUCACAUGAAGUUACUGUAUUUAAUGCAAUUCCAGCUGACGGAAUUUCUCAACCUGAUCUGAUGAAGACAUCACCAAACGCAAAAGUAGGAUUCAGCAAAGCAAUGUCUCAAGGAUGGAUAUUGAUUGACAAGUCAGGCAAAGUUCCACUAGUUCGUAGAAAAGUUGAGACUGUUGAGGAUCUUGUGCAACAGCAUUUAGUUGAUAUUGCAGCAGGAAAAGCAGUCAGCAUUCUCGACAAUAUUAAGAAUGACUAUAAGAAGAGAAAGUUACUGUCUGAAAAUACGAUUAAAAGCUUCAUAAUCACUAAAGGACCAGACUUUACGACAACUUUAAAGAAACUUGAAACGGAUUUAACGACUGAAAUGUUAGCUUCUGGAUCAUGGAAAGAUCUUAAAUUCAAGGAAUAUAAUUUUGAAGCAUUAGGAGCACCGCCAAAUGCUGGUUUCCAACAUCCGUUGCUUAAAGUUCGUUCGGAAGUUACUGACAUUUUUACUCAAAUGGGUUUUGUAGAAAUGCCUACGAAUAACUUUGUUGAAGCUUCGUUCUGGAACUUUGAUGCUUUAUUUCAGCCACAAAUGCAUCCAGCAAGAGAUGCUCAAGAUACAUUCUUCUUGUCAGAUCCUGAAAAGAGCAAUAAAUUCCCACUUGAUUAUCUCGAAAGAGUAAAAUCAGCACAUGAAAAUGGUGGAAAUGGCUCAAUUGGAUAUAGAUAUAAAUGGAAAAUUGAGGAAGCACAAAAGAAUAUUUUAAGAACUCACACUACAGGUGUCAGUGCCAGAAUGCUCUAUAAACUUGCUAAUCAAGAAGGUGGUUUUAAGCCAGUCAAGUACUUUUCAAUCGAUAAAGUCUUUAGAAAUGAAACACUUGAUGCUACACAUUUAGCAGAAUUCCAUCAAGUUGAGGGAGUUUUAGCUGGUGUAGAUAUAAGUCUUGGUGGACUUAAAGGCAUCAUUGCAGAAUUCUUUGCAAAAAUGGGAUUAACAGAAGUACAAUUUAAGCCUGCUUAUAAUCCAUACACUGAACCGUCAAUGGAAAUUUUUGCAUAUCACAAAGGACUUGGCAAGUGGAUUGAAAUUGGAAAUUCAGGCAUGUUCAGACGAGAAAUGUUGGAUCCGAUGAAUAUUCCACAAAAUGUCAAUGUCUACGGUUAUGGAUUGUCACUCGAGAGACCUACAAUGAUUAAGUAUGGAAUUAAGAAUAUCCGUGAAUUAAUUGGACCUAAGGUUGAUCUUAAAAUGGUACAGGAAUCUGCUUUAUGUCGACUCGAUAAAUAAAAAUAUAAAUGCUUGUUCCUUACUUCCACUUAUCGCUCUUUUUAAUUUAAUGAAAUAAAAAAAGCUAUAA